CAAUUACGAUUUCAAACCUUCUCAACGUCGACGGUUCUGGCGCUUAUUUGCUCUUUACAAAGAACCCCCUCUUACCUGGUAUGGACGAUGAAUCCAGGAAGAAGUUAUGGCGAAUGGAACCUCUUUUUAUACUCUUCGUUCGAUUUCUUUACUGACAAAUGCUGUCUGAACUGAAUUGAACUAAACCUUACUACCUUUGUGUGUGCAAGCAUUUCUUUGUCUCAAUGGAUUAUCAGAAACGAGUUCUCUGUCCCGAGAACGAAGAACUUGCGUUGUAUGUGAGGAAAAAGAGACAGGAGAUGGAUAAUGCUAAAGGGAUUUCGGAACAUAUCGAUAGGACCCUUUACAAAGCUUAUAGCAAUGUCUGCAACUCCAAAGUUCCCAUUAAAACCCUUAAGGAGUUCUCUAAGAUCAAGGGUGUGGGGAAAUGGAUUCUAAGGCUUGUGCAAGGGUUUUUUCAGACGGACUCGGGUACUACUUCUGAACCUGAACCUGAACCUGAAGACGUGACACAGAAAGGGAAGAAAACCAAAGGAACGAGACGCUACGUACCACAAAAGGGUUCUGUUGCAUAUGCGCUUUUGAUUACCCUUUACAGGGCAAUGGCAAAUGGUAAUGAGUUUAUGCGGAAACAGGAGCUUAUUGAUGCUGCUGAAACAAGUGGGCUUGCACGUGUGCCAAUUGUGCCAGAAAAAGAGCGAGGAAAACUUUCCGGGUUUGGAAGUUCGCCGAAGGAGUGGUAUAGUGGAUGGUGUUGCAUGACAACAUUGAUAACCAAAGGAUUAGUUGUGAAAUCAAGUUGUCCAGCAAAGUAUAUGCUAACUCAAGAAGGCCGAGAAGCAGCACGUGAAUGCCUCUUAAGGUCUGGUUUGAUAGAUGAACUUCCUAGUCAAGAUGUUCAUAGUGCUUCAGAUUUGGGCUCUGCUCAUGCAAAUUCGGCUUGUAAAGAAAGGAGCCAUCCUAAGGAACAAACAUUUGCUUCCACUGAUCUCGCAGAAGCUGCCCAGAAGAAGAAGAAGAAGAGGAAGACCUCUUCAGUUGGGCCUGCAAUAGUGCAUCAACCUAAAAAGGAUGAAAUUUGUGCUUCAAAUUUGGAGCCUAAGCAAGGUCUUGGAGAGGAUUGUUUUGCAACAUUAUCUACCAAUAUCUUUACAGAUAGUGGUGCAGUAGAUUUUGUUGUAAGAGAGAAAAAUCGAACGAACUUCUGCUAUGGUGACGCAGAGUGUGGUCCAGGGUCUUCAUGUUCAGCUGAUUCAGCAAGGAGCUCUUAUAACUUGAAAGCAUGCUCAUCAUCUGGCUAUAACUUGCGUAAAUCAAACUCUGAUGGUUCAGAGGCUAAGUUGAAUGCUUUAGCAAUGCCACCUCUGGGUUUUGGGGAGAGAUUUGAGGAAGUGUAUGAUGUGAGCUUGAUAUUGGAUGAUAGGGAGCAAUUCACUAAUCACGGGUCACGGUAUAGGAGAAUUAUUGAAAAUGUACGUGCGCAAUUCAAAAUUCAAGUAGAGGUGAGACGGUUACCAGUUGGCGAUGGAAUUUGGAUAGCUCGGCACAGAUUUCUUAAGUCUGAAUAUGUGCUUGAUUUUGUUGUUGAAAGGAAGGGAGUUGAUGAUCUUCGCUGUUCGAUCAGGGAUAACCGCUAUAGAGAUCAGAAACUGAGGCUCCUGAGAUGUGGACUUAAGAAGCUGAUAUAUCUGGUGGAAGGUGAUCCAAAUUCUUGCGAAGGAGCUGAAAGCAUCAAAACAGCUUGUUUCACAACCGAGAUUCUGGAAGGCUUUGAUGUGCAGAGAACAAGUGGUUUGUCUGAUACAGUGAAGAGGUAUGCUCAUCUCACACUGGCAAUAACCGACUACUACAGAACACAGUUUUCUGAGGACGAGGUCAGGACCACUGGGAAAUCUCUUACUUACGAUGAAUUUGUCAAGAAGUGUGGAGACCUUGACAAGAUGACUGUCAGUGAUGUAUUUGCUCUCCAACUCAUGCAGGUCCCACAAGUAACUGAGGAGAUUGCUGUCACUGUUCUUGAUUUGUACCCUACAGUUUUAUCACUUGCCCAUGCAUAUAGUGUUCUGGAUGGUGGUAUAGACGCACAAGAAGAGAUGCUGAGGAAGCAAAGUAACAAUCUGAUUGGUGCAGUUGCUAGCAGGAACAUCUUCCAACUAGUUUGGGGUGGUUGAUGGAUUGCACAUGUUCUCUCUGUUAUCUUACCAAACCAAGGGAGAAUAUUGUAUAUCAAAGACUUGACUCAAGCUUCCAUUCGUUAUGGUGCUUCCUCUGAGUUGAAAAUCUAUGAAUUGUGAAAGAUCUUCCUUUUGAUGGUUUUGUAAAUACUCAACAGCCUUAUCCCAACUAAAUGGGGUCGGCUACAUGAAUCCUCAUUAGCCAAUCUACUCUAUCCAAAGCCAUACUUGUUAUAGAUCCUAA